AUGGACAACAUUAAACAAUUUUGGGAAAUUGAGGAAAUCACGGAAACAGAAGAAUUAUCAACAGAAGAUCAGAAAUGUAUAGAUUUCUACAACAAAACAACGAGAAGAUUAACAGAUGGAAGAUAUGAAGUAAGAAUCCCAUUUAUUGAACAGUAUGAACAAGAAUUGGGGUCAACAAAGGAAUUAGCAGUAGCACAAUUCAAAAAUUUAGAGAAGAAGUUCAACAAACAACCGGAGCUAGCACAACAAUACAGAGAUUUUAUUCAUGAAUAUCAACAAUUAAAUCAUAUGCGUCGAUCAACAAGUAAUUUACCAAGUGAAAUAUUUUUACCACAUCACUCAGUUUUACGACAAGAAUCCACCACAACAAAACUUCGGGUGGUAUUCAAUGCUUCAGCGAAAACAACAACAGGGAAAAGCUUAAAUGAUAUUAUGUGUAAGGGGCCCAAUUUACAACAAGAUUUACAAAAACUAAUAUUAAAAUGGCGUCAAUUUCGAUACGCAUACACUGCUGACAUCGAAAAAAUGUACCGGCAAAUCAAAAUUCACGAAGAAGAUCAACGAUUUCAAAAAAAUAUAUGGAGAGAUUCAUCGGAGCAAAGUUUACAAGAACAUCAACUAACAACAGUCACAUAUGGCACAAAAUCAGCACCUUUCUUGGCUAUGAUGACGUUAAGGAAGUUAGCAACGGAUGAAAAGUUAUCAUUUCCAGAAGUAACAGAUAUAGUUAUGGAGUCCUUUUACAUGGAUGACCUGCUCCAUGGGUCACACACUAUUGAAGAGGGUCAAAACAAAUUUACCAAUUAA